AUGUUUGCUGUAGAGGAAAUUAACAAGAAUCCUUUGCUUCUCCCUAAUGUUACUUUGGGCUAUGAGAUUUAUGACUCGUGUGACUAUGUGUCUAAAUCAAUGGAAGCCACUUUGAAAUUGUUCUCUGGGAGACAGGAUCAUGUUCCAGGCUACAGAUGUACAACCAAAGGGCCCCUGGCUGGAUUUAUUGGGCUGCCGUAUAGCAUGGCAGAACUUACCCAGAUCUAUAGAUACCCACAUAUUACUUAUGGGACCCAAGAUCCAGUUUUAGAUGAUAAAAAAUUAUUCCCAUCUUUCUUCCGGAUUGUACCUAAUGACCGUUCCCUUUAUUCCGGUUAUGUAAAGCUCCUCCAUCACUUUGGCUGGACAUGGGUCGGACUUGUUGCAUCCGACGAGGAGCAUAAUUUGAAAAUAAGUCAGGAGCUAAGGACAGUGUUACUCAACAGUGGUAUAUGUAUAGCUUAUUAUGCAGUUUUUCCAACCCAAGAUAUUUUCUCCUUUCUAAGUGUCUUUAAAGUCAUGGAGAAUUCAAAUGCCAAUGUGGUUAUUACUUUGUGUAGCCAGUUGAGCUUUCUGGAUUUGAUUUACACAGCCGCUAUACGUGCAGAGCGCGGGAGAGUCUGGAUCACUCCAACAUCACUUUCAUUUUUCACAUACAACUUAUUUGGCCCUUAUCAUAGGGUUGUCAAUGGUUCCUUGCAGUUUUCAGUACACCAAGAGGAAAUUCCUGGGUUCAAAGACUUCCUUUAUAGCAUCAAUCUAACAACAUUUCCCAAUUUUUUUACUGCUGUUUUUUGGAAUGAAAUGUUUCAGUGUCUACCGCCAAACGAAACCACAUAUAGGAAAAUAGUUAACCCACUGCGUAAUUGCACCGGAGAGGAGUCAUUACAAAAUGUUGAUGCUAAUUUUGACAUAAAGACUCUCAGAGUAACUUACACUGUUUACAGAGCUGUGUAUUCAUUUGCCAAUGCGUUGCACAACAUGCUAUCAUCAAAGAAAAGUUCUGGUCAGAAAUUAAAUCUAUUAAAGGAUUUUCAACCUUCAAUGCUGAGCCAAUACCUCAAAAACAUUGAUUUUCAAACAACAUCCGGAAAAGAAUUUCAUUCUGCAAAUCAAGGACCCAUAGGACAAUAUGAUAUUAUGAAUUGGGUGACAACCAAUAGAACUAUUACCUUUGCUCAGAUUGGCAGCUUCUUCCCAUUUGCUCCUCCAGGGCAACAACUAAUAAUCAACAAAAGUGAUAUCAAAUGGAAUCACAAAUUUAAUGAGACACCACUUUCAUUGUGCACCAACCAAUGCCCACCAGGCUUCAGGAAAGCUGCCAGGAAGUUGGAGCCCAUCUGUUGCUAUGACUGCAUUGCCUGUUCAGAAGGGGACAUAACCAACUGUACUGAUAUGGAAAACUGUAUGACCUGUGCUGAAGAUCAGUGGUCAGAUGAGAAGAGGACUAUGUGUAUCUCAAGAACUAUCGAUUUCCUCUCCUUUUCAGAUGUACUUGGUAUAGUUUUAGCUUCUGUUGCCAUUUUCUUUUGCCUUAUCUCCACGGGAGUUCUUGUAAUCUUCUUAAAAUAUAGGAACACGGCCAUAGUGAAAGCUAAUAACAGGGAGCUAAGUUAUAUUUUGCUUUUAUCACUAACUAUGUGUUUUCUGUGCUGCUUGUUAUUUAUUGGACGUCCAGAGGCCACAACAUGCUUCUUUCGACAAGCAGCUUUUGGAAUUAUUUUUGCAGUCGCAGUAUCAGCAAUUUUAGCUAAAACCAUUACUGUUGUUAUUGCAUUCAAUGCUACCAAACCUGGGAGCCGAGCAAGAAAAUGGGUAGGAUCCAGAGUAUCCACUUACCUCGUGAGUUUGGGUACAUUUGGAGAAGCAUUAAUCUGCCUUGUUUGGUUUCUCCGCUCACCACCAUUUCCAGACUUUGAUACAAGGGAAAAAUCUGUGAAGAUGACUCUAAAGUGCAAUGAGGGAUCAGAAACAGCUUUCUACUGUAUGAUGGGAUAUGUUGGACUUUUGGCUGUUUUAAGCUUUGUUGUGGCAUUUCUAGCAAGGAAAUUGCCCGACACUUUCAAUGAAGCAACACAUAUAACUUUCAGCAUGUUGGUUUUUUGCAUUGUCUGGGUUUCUUUUAUUCCUGCUUAUGUGAGCGCCAAAGGGAAAUACUCGGUGGCUGUUGAAAUAUUUGCCAUCCUGGCUUCCACUGCUGGGCUGUUAGGUUGUAUAUUUAUCCCUAAAUGCCACAUUAUAGUGAUCAGGCCUGACUUAAAUACCAAAGAACAUCUAAUUGGAAGAAAGGGAAAAACUUACAUAGAAGUAAAUUAAUACUGGAACAUACAUGUUUGUCUAAGUAUUGCAAUUUUACAGUAGAGGUAUGGAUCCAUUUUACAGACUGCUCUUAAAUAUACCAUGUCCCAUAAUGUCCUAUUCAAACAAACUUCCUUAAGGUUGUCCUGCAUAGAAUGCCUGCUAUAGGUAUGCAUUAAGUACAAAAUUCAUUCUGC